AUGGCACCGCUAAUGUUGCAAGGUCAAUACAUGCCUGAGAGCCACAUGCUGCCACAGACCUGGCACCGCCAGCAAGUAUCACGGGAGCAGGUGCCGCCUAUUGCUGCGUUACCAUGUCCUGCCCCUAGCAAUGGAGUGCCUUCGCAACAUCAGUCCUGGGGAGAAGCUCCGACAUUCAGCAACAAUUCCUUUACAUGGGGCAGCACCCUGCCGAUGCACCCGUCGAUCGUGUCGGACCCAGAUUACCACCCCCUCAGGAAUAACGACCUUUGCUAUAACCACAUGGCUGUGCAAAAUACAAUGACUAAGGACGGCAACGAGUACGGCGGUCAGAUAUCCUGGUUGGCUCCCAGGCCAAAUGUCGUUCCUCGUGGGGUAAGUUUGAAUGGCUCAGAUCUGGAAUCGAACAGCUCGCUCUCACCGAAGGGCUACCUAGAGACGGAUUCCUUCAGCCCAGUAUCAUUUCCAGAUCAAGCUUCAUCAAGUCGCGAUUGGAAUGGCUACCCCACUUCAGUCCCAUCCAUGAAAGAGUCCUCACCCAAGUGUACGUCCUCAGGACCUUAUCUUGUGUCGGCACCGGCACAGACAGAUCAAGGUGUUAGCAAAGUCGACUUCUCGGGCUUUCCAAUGAUGGGUAUGGGCAUUGCGAUGUCCACAAUUGAGCCUGCGGGAUCAAACUACCAGGGUGGUGAGCUAGGGGGCUCGCCUGAUGAUAAUCCUCAAAUUGGCUCAGAAUACUCAUGCUCGCAUGGGAGCAGCCCAGGUGUCUCGCCAUGGUAUCUCACACCCUACUCACCCGCGACAUCGGGGUUACCUUCCUUGGGGCGGCAUCUUCAUUUGAACGAUGUUAGUGACAACAGCUCUCCGGGCUCGUCAUAUUCACCGGGCAACAGUUGUGCACGGCAACAGACACGUCCGUGGAGCGAUAACCGUGUCUGCCUUCCCGCCCAGCCCAAAUUCCAAGACCGGUUCCAAGUACCGCGAAGUGCGGACGCACAUACUGAACGCAAGCUCAACGAUGACCUACUCAUCCAAGGCAAGAAAGACGGUCUGACGUAUAAGGAGAUCCGGAGGAAGAUGGUGGGUGACAAGCCUGCCGAGUCCACGUUGAGGGGGCGGUACCGCUCAUUGACCAAAGCGAGGAAGGACCGCGUGCGGAAGCCAGUCUGGACGAAGCAAGAUAUCGAACUCCUGGACAGAUUCGUCGAGCAAGAGCUCGAUCGUAUAGAUAGUACUCUUGCCUACCCGCAAGCCCUGAGCCUUGAUCAGAAACUUGUCAAGGUUCAGUGGAAGAAAGUCGCCGAGAACAUUGACGAGCAAGGAGGGUCGUACCACUUCGGCAACUCGACCUGCAAGAGGAAGUGGUUGGAAGUCAACAAUGGCUCCUGA